CUAAGAUUGAAUGAAUAUCUCGAAUCCCAAGACAUGACAUCCCAUGGUGCUGGUUUGCCUGUGUACUACUUGAGGUGGAUGUCGACCAGCACAUGUGAGUGUGGUGGUUUUCAUUCAAGUUUUUUUCUGGUACUUUUUACGACGAUCAGUUUCGUUGAUCAUCUCGGGAGGUGAAGUUGUGGUGUUCCGCCAGUAUUACGAGGAUAACAAGUUUUCAGCCGUUGCACACUGGCAUGAUAUGAAAAUUGAGUGGCGUGAAUUUCGUUGGCAUCUGGUGCGCGGUCCAUUCUGAGUGUAAGAGUGUACAAUGCAUAAUACGUGCGCACGUUCCGCCUGUUUACUAUAGCAAGGCGGUCGUUGUUGACCUUGGAGUGCUGAGUGCAAUUCAAACCUCGAACGAUCCGAUUCAGACUCCGCAGUGCGGUUGGAGCUUCUGGUGACACAGUGAUCGAUUGCCGACCCAUCUGGAAACAUGACGGCCUCUCUUACGCUAAUUAUGCUCCACUUCAUUGGAGUCGCGAUCGCGAGCAGGGUUCCCUUGGAGGUGCUCGAGCUGCCACAGUCCACGGCGCCUUUCAAGACCAGUAGUGACGAGUUGGUGACCCAGCAGAAUCCGCACUACCAAAAGGACCAGCAGAAGCCUAGGCAGGUGACCGCCGCGGCUCAUUCGCAGGAUAUCAAGAUAUUCUACCAAGUCGGGAACUCGGAGGAUGAUCUCCCAAUAUGUGCGCCGAAUGAAGUAUGUUCUAAAAUCGAUCUAUAUGAGACACCUUGGAUUGAAAGGCAAUGUCGAUGUCCCGAUAAACACGUCAUUCGUGAAUCCUUCCAAUCAACCCUACACAAACUACCAUCAUUCAACAAAAACAACGAAAUAUUUCGUGGGAAAAAAUUUAAGCAUCCCAGCAAACAUCUACCAGACCUUGGAGAUGGGAAACCAGAAAAUACCCAUUUAAAAAUGCUCCUUCAAAGACUUGAAGGUGAAGGAAUUGGACACGAAGGGGUCCAGGACAACCAUGGAAGCGAAGGAUUAAAAACUGAUGAUGUUCCUCAUACCCAUAAUCACGACGUUCGAUUACGUCACAACUCGCAUCACAGAGGAAUGACAACCAUCAAUGGGUGCCCAAGCAACACAGGCGCUUCUGAUGGCCACACAAUAGUUGACAAAACCAGGCACUAUAAACUAUGCAAUCCUGUCCAUAAAUUACCCAUUUGCAGAUAUUUUCGGGACUACACUUGGACACUCUCAAUUCUAUCGGAUCAAAAUGUUACGGAGCAAAUUGUUCAUUGUCGAUGCCCUCAGAACUCCGUGACAUACCUGACAAAGCGAGAGCCUCUUGAAUCAGGGAAAGCUGGAUAUGUUUACUUGUUUGCCUGCUCCCCACAAAGCAGGCUACGUUGUCAACGAAAGGAGCCAUGCACAUUGUUCACAGUGCGAAAGCGACAGGAAUUUCUCGACGAGGUGAACACAAACCCGCUAUGCCUGUGCCCCAAAGGUCACCACUGUCCCAGGCACCACACAGACCCAGGAGCAAUAUCCGGGAAAAACUACGUCGAAGACAAUAUACACACGUAUUCAGGAUACUGUAUGACAAACGGCUAAUCGACUGGGAAUCACAUUCCCUGACCUUUAGGUGUAGAAUAUUUGUCGAAAGUUGAUGCUUGGAGUGUAAAUAGUUGCAUGUAAUGUUCAGUAAGCCUAGGUUCCCUAAACGUGCUUAAUGUUAUACGUAUGUAUGUAUUAUUACCGUUUAAGAUUUUAAUAUGUUCGUUUGCCAACAACUUACAAAAACAACGAUUAAUGUGCUCGUAUAAAUGGCCAAAUUUAAGUUAUUUAAACUAUUCUUCUGUAUAAAUAGACGUACCUGAUAAUUUCUUAUUAAACAAGUUAAUUUUUUGACUUAGACAAACAACUUAAAACGAAAAAAUGUUUGCUCAUAACUAAAACUAAGGAAUGGUUUCAAUAUUUGUAUAAUAAUUCUUGCGAUCCAAAUGACAUAGUAAUAAACCUUGGAAUUAAGCCUCAAAAACUGUAAAAGUUGUAAAUAAACUAUUUUAUUUAAUAA